AUGGAUGGCUUUCAGGAUAUCUUCAACUCCAGUCAGAGUUGGGAUUAUUUCUCAAACGCCAGCUACAAAGAUGAUCUCCUCACUGAAGCCUACGUUAACUGUGGCACCUUCAAGGUUGCAUCUUUUAACAGGAUCUUCCUCCCCAUCUUUUACCUUGCCAUCUUUUUCGUAGGUCUGUUGGGGAAUGGAAUAGCAGUGGCUGUUCUCCUGAAGAACAGAAAGACCUUGGCCAUGACUGACACCUACAUUCUCUACUUGGCAUUUGCUGAUAUCCUCCUGGUGGCCAGUCUGCCAUUCUGGGCUGUGGAGACAGUCAAGGGUUGGGUCUUUGGGUCAAUAGCUUGCAAGAUAAUUGGGGCAAUGUUCAACAUCAAUUUUAACAGUGGCAUCUAUCUUCUGGGUUGCAUUAGCUUUAAUCGCUACCUUUCCAUUGUACAUGCAGUCCAGAUGUAUAAGAAGCACAGGUCUUUGUCAGUCCAUAUCAACUGUCUUGUUGUUUGGCUCCUCUGCUUUCUUUUAGCUAUACCCGAUUUCAUAUACUUGACAGAAUCACACCCCAGUGGUGCUUUGAAAUGCCACUAUGAUUUUAAUGCUGACACUGCCAAGGCUUGGAUGGUGGGCUUGAGAUUUUUCUACCACAUCACCAGCUUCCUUGCACCGAUGACAAUAAUGUUCUACUGUUACAUCAUGAUCAUCAAAACCCUACAUGGAUCCCACAACAUACAAAAGAACAAGGAGCGUAGGGCCAUGAAGGUCAUUGUCCUGGUCGUCAGUGCCUUUUUCAUCUGCUGGGUCCCUUACAACGUGGUCCUCUUCAUAGACACUCUGCAGAGGUUGGGCAUCAUAGCCAGGAGCUGUAUCAUUGAAUUUAGGUUGGACAUUGCCAUCUCCAUGACAUCCAAUCUGGGCUAUUUCCACUGUUGUCUCAACCCAUUUGUGUAUGCUUUUGCUGGAGUGAAGUUCAGGAGAAACCUGCUCCAGAUCUUCAGUGCUAUUGGCUGCAUCAGUCCGAAGACUAUGAAGAAAUACACCAAACCGGGCAGCAAACUGUCUACCAUGACAUUAUCAGAGUCAGGAGAUACUUUGAACUCUGGAAUCUAAGGUCCUAACUAAAAUUGGAUUCAAGGUUCUGGAUUAUAUUGUCAGCAAUGGAUCAAUGUGCAGUAAUUGUCCCUUCUAAAUCAGAAUUCAAAUUCACCUCUGGAGAUAAGAGAGCAUGGUCUAGGCUAACACUCCAGUGCAAUAGCUGUUAAUGUACUUUUAUCAAUAGGCUAUAGAAAAAAGUCUUCAGUUUGACCCCAUUUACUUAUACAUCACGUCCAUAUUGCCCUCUGCUGCCUGGGAUGGACCUUUAACCACCAAUGCUUCAAAGUGUAAUAUAGCUCACUAUACAAACCAAGGUUGGAAGAAUUAAAUCUCGAUUUGUAUUAAUAGGUAUAUCUCAUAGUUCAACUCAACAUAUAAGUUUACUAUAAUGAACGCGUUAUCAAACCCAUUCUUUAUGUAUUCAUGUAGAUAUUAAAAUAAUGAGGACACUGCCCAUAGUUCCCUGGUCAAUAUUUUCUGUUGAGUCCCAUGCUCAGAGAUAGAGAUUUGGAAAAUUGGACCUCAACAAAUAAUGGUGAAAGAUUCAAUCAAGAUCACCGGGAAGGAACAAAAGCAUUAAUAAUGGAGCUAAAGUGACUUUAUAAAUAAAAAAUUAAAUACUGACGCUUGAUGUCUACAAAAAGCAACUUUAAAGUCAGACAACAUUAUCAGACUUCUGCAGCUAAAGAAGGAAGACAAAUGAUUCAUUUUAAUUCAGUUUAGACAGACAAAUUGGAAAAGAUAUGGAAUUCUGGUCACUUCAUUGGAGCUGAGAGAAAUAAUUAUUGCAAGGAAGGAUGAACAAGAAAAUGUAGGAAAGGAAAGCUGGGAUGAAAACGGAUGAAGGAUAUAAUGGACUGGAUACUGAUGACCUGUGUAAGGACAGAGUGGAAGACCCAAGUGGUGAGCUAUCUGGGAAGAUGGUGGCACCGAUGAAUGUUCAAAUUCUGACAAAAGGCCAAGUCAGACAAAAGGACGCUCAUCAGAGAAUCAGAGACGGUGGGAAAGGAAGUGAAAGCCAGAAACGUUCAGAGCACUCACUUGCAUUCAGAUCAGAGAGAGAGAACCUGCAGUGCAUAUGGGACUAAUUACUUAAUGUGUACUAAUGUUAAUGGAGACAUUUUGAGUCCAGGAAAUCUAAAGAAAUACAAAGCCAAUAACAACAAGCAGUAUUAAAGCACCUAUAACAAAGAAAACUACCCCAAAGGCACUGAAAAGAGGCAAUGGAACAAAAAAUAGACCCUGGACCAUCAAAAGAGAUGUUAGGAAGGGUGACCUACAUUUUUGUCCAACAGUUGGGUUUGAUGGCGUGAGUUAAUGUGGAGAGGAAAGUGGAAACGUGGGAGAUUUUGAGGAGCCUGACCAUUAGUGGAGAGGCAAAGGGAGUGGAAUGAGGAUAUGGGCAGUUGCAAGAUCCUAGCAUCAACAAAAUGGAAAACAAACAACAGAAAGACAACUUCAAAAGGUCAGAGUGUCUCAAAACACUUUAGAACCGAUAAGUAUUUUUGAAAUGUGGUCAGUGUUGUAAUAUAGGAAACAUGAUAGCUCAUUUGUGCAUAGCCUGCUCCCACAAACAGCAAUGUAGUAGUGACCGGGAAAUUUGUUUCUUUCAAGUGAUGUUGAUUGAGGGAUAAACACUGGCAAGGACACCAGGCAAGGACACCAGGCCCCUUCUCUUCUUCAAGUAGUGUCAUGUGAUCUUCUGCAAUGAUCUGAGCAAGCAGACAGAAGCUCGAUUUAAACAUCUCAUCCAAAUAAUCACUCCCUCAGAAUACACUGCAGAGGCAGAGAAAAUGUUUCGGUCCAAGUCACUGGAUUGAGAUUUGAAGACAUGACAUUCUGACUUUGAAUAUCAUCGCUGAGAUGUGGCCCAGCAUAGAGAUCGUAAGGCUUGAGGAAGUUAAAGAAUUACAGAGAUCUACAAUUUUCUAUCCACUAAUUUCAAUUGAUGAGGAAUAAGAAAAUCCAGCUUUUAAUGUUAACAUUUAAAUACCUAUAGAGAAGACAGAAGGAGAUGGGAAGGCAAGUAUUGCUGCACCAGGGAUAAUCUGAGAAUAUGAUAACAGGAUAACCAAGAGACCAUAAUCUCCUCAGUCUUGAAGCAGACAACAAUAAAUUUGGUUACAAAGGAUUCAACUGUAGUUCAAAAUUGCUGCCGGUUAAGUUUGGCCAUGCAACCAUAAGACAUUACACAUUAAGCAAAUCUCAAUAUUACAUUCAUUCCAAAUACUAGCUAACUGAACAAUAUCAUAUGAUGUUGAACUCAAAUAAUACUUGCUGUAUAAAAGCCCAAAAAAGACCCAAAAAUCGCUGGAAAAGCACAGCAGGUCUGGUAAGCAGCUGUGGAGAGAAAUCUGUUCUGAGGAAGGGUCACUUGACCUGAAACGAUAACUCUGAUUUCUCUCCACAGAUGUUGCCAGAUUUGCUGAGCUUUUCCAGAAAUUUCUGUUUUUGUUGUUAACGCUUGCUAUGAGUCUAUCAGCUAAACAUUGUAUUAUUA